AUGUCAUCCAUCAAGUAUUCUUCAUCAUAUGGUCUCUUUGGAAAGCGCUGUUGGAAUUACUGUGUGUUUGGUGUGGUGUACAACAACUGCCGGAAGCCACCAUUUCCUUUGCAGCUAAGGAAUGCUGCAUGCAAUUUUGCAAGCUCCAGCAGAGGAGAGAAGAGCUGUUCCCGGUUUUCAUCGACGGAUGAGAAGAAGAUUGAUCUCUUCAUUUCUGAUCCGAUGCCUGAUAGGAUUACCGCAGAAAGUUCCGGAGGCAAAGUCGUCGAGGCCUUCUCCGGCGGCAUUUGCCUGUACGAACCAGCCAUGAGGAAAACAACGAUUUCUUCAAUAUCGUCCAUCUCCAUCUCCACCGAAGACUACGCAAAAGCAGCACACGCCGCUAAGCAAUCAGCGGCGGAAUCAGCCGACAAGCUUGCAGCCGUGCUGGCAGCAAGCCACAAAGUCGCAGCCGUCAAGUCAAGAGUCGCCAAGGCAAUGGCGGCUAGGUUGUCGUCAGAUGAUGAUGUAGCCGCCAAGGAGGCAGCGCUCGCUAAGCUAGCCGCCGCCGUCGCCAAGGAGGAAGCCGCCGCCUCUGCGGCCUCCAAGGCAGCCGCCGCCAAGGACGCCACCGCCAAGGAGGCCGCCGCCGCUAAGGCAGCCAACCCCAAGGAGGCCGCAGCCGCUGCUAAGGCAGCUAUUGCCAAGAAGUCUGCCACCCUGAAAGUAGCACCCCCCAAGUCCAAAUCAGCCGCCAAGGCUGCCGUCGCCGCCAAGGCUGCGGCCGUGAAGGCGGCAGCCGUUCCUGCUGGGGAAGCAGCCGCGUCUAAAUCCAAAUCAGCCGCCAAGACGCCAGCCGCAUCAAAAUCUAAAUCAGCCGCCAAGGCUCCCGCUAGAGAAGCAGCGGCGGCGAAAUCCAUAUCAGGAAAGGAUGGUCCCUUGGUGGCAGAUUGGGAAAAGUACUACCAGGUCAUGCACGACACCCAGGGUUUUGGCAUCACGUCUGCUCCUGAUGAUGCACCUAUCUUACCUUAUAAAGGAGAUCAAGUCACAAUCAAUGGGAUGAUCGAGGAUUGCAUUAAAUUUUACAACUUCAAACAUAAGGACAUGCAAUAUAUGUAUAAUGGGAUGGAGGUUGAGAACGUGACAUUUUGUCCCAAGUCUUCUCAUACUAUGUAUUAUCUUACCUUCAGAGCUCCUCUAGCUUGUGAUUCUAGCAGCAAGAAAACCUUUCAAGGUCAGUAUGUUGUUGUUGUCCGUGGUCAGGAUGUCCCUGCUUUUUGUUGUUGUGGUGAGGAGGAGGAGGAGGAGGAGGACGACGACGACGACGACGACGACGACGACGAUGAUGAUGACGACGACGACGAUGACGACUAUGAUGAUGACGACGAUGAUGACAACAAAGAAGAUGAUGAUGAUGACAGCGAAGAUGAUGACCCUGACUAUGACUUUAAUAAAUUUGACUAUGAGAAGAGAAGGGUGCUCUAUUGUGACACCAAAGAUAACCUCUUAUCAGGUUGGAAGCCAGAUCGGCGGUGUACACUUUUUUGCUGUAUGCCGGAUAAUAUGCACAUGUGAAAUGACAGAACACAUACUUUUUGGGGUCUCCAGUGGUCAUUGGAAUCGUCAAUCUUCAUGCUUUCUAUGAGUCUAUGCGAAGGUGGUUGAAUAGCUCUUGCUUCGGGUUUCUAUCUAUUGGUGCGGUAUGUGGCUUUUCUCUACACCAAAUUUUGCUAUGGUUUUCUUAACUUUGUGAGAGUCCAGCUUAAAUUUCUGUGAAUAUUUGCAUGGUGCUGAGAUUGCGAUGGCCCCUUUGUAUAGCCGUCUUUUCAUUUGCGGAAGGGCAGACCAAUUUAUAUAGCCACACACCAAUAUUUUGGCACUUACACAACAGAAAUCAAAAGGUGGCGAAGCUCUACCACGAAUUUCAAUUAAAUGCAGGGCAUUGACAAAUGACAAGUAUGGGAUUUUCUGAAGAAGGGAGUGUAGUCAUCAAGCAGUCCGAUGAUGGCCAAUUGGGCAUAAUGUUGUCCGAGGAGUGGAUACAUGCGGAGUACUGGUAAAUUUCAACCAGUUUUUUAAUGCAUUAUGCUCCUUAAUUUUCUAAUAUCCUGCAUAUUUCAUGCUAAGAAUCAUAAAGCAACUGAAACAUAGAAGCCACAAAAGUUGCAAGCUGAAACAACCA